CACAUAAGUUUCAUCAAUGUCUUAUCUUCCAGACACUUCGGAUUUGGAUUUUCACUCGGAAGCUUUGUGGUAGUCUGACUUGGAUAUUAUAACAGAGGACAGAUCCUGAAACGCAUAAAUUUCAAGAUGAUUCAGAGGAUGGCGGCUCUGUUGGCAUUCCUCUCUUUUAUCCUGCCAGGUCUAGGAGUGUCAGUCUACGAAAUAACCGCCUAUGUCUCUGGGAUGGCAGAGUUUAGAUGUUACUUCGACAAUAAAAAAAAUAUUUCAGUUAAUCAAUUAAUUUAUAGUUGGGAAAAACAAACAAGGAAUGAAAAACAGGAAAAACUUGUAGUAGCCGAGUUAUACAUGGGAGAAAGAAAAUACAACCAUAUCAGCGAGCGUUACAGGAACCGCUUCAUGGAAUUCAUGCCAAACGGAGACCUACGGAUGUUCAAUAUUACACUGGAGGAUGAAGGGGUCUACCACUGUUAUGUACGAUACAAAUUAGUAAACAUAAUCUUGAUGGGUGAAACAGAGCACAAGCUCAAUGUACUGGCUAACUUUAGUAUUCCCCAAAUCACCAACAAAAGCCUAGACGGUGAGGAGGUCGAUUCCGAUGUGAAAUUUCACUGCUCAUCUACAGAUGGUUUUCCAAAACCUGAUAAAGUAUUAUGGGUGGUUUCUUAUGGAAACGAAACAGAAUUUUACCACCCGCCGUGUGAUAUUAAAGAAAAUUCCAGAACCUUCAACAUCUCAAGUUAUUUGACUGUGAGGGUGAAAAGUAACACUAGCGUCACCUGUACAGUGUUGGCUCAUCAUAACUUCACCUCCAGAAUUCACCACAUAGUUAUAAAGAAUGGACCCAUAAUGGAAACACCUGAGAUGAAUGACCAUUUAAAAUACAUUUUACCAUGUGGAAUCCUCAUCUCCUGCGCUGUCGCAUGCCUCACAUAUUAUUGUUAUUGGAGGAAGGGAAAGUCUAAAUCAGGACCAUCGACAAAUGGAAUCGUAUCUCCUACCACGACAGCCCCAGACAACGGCUCUACUCAGCAGAGAGAGGAGACAACAUCAUUCAUCGGAGAUAACGUGGAAGUCAAUGUUUCUUGACAAGUCUACAGAAAUUUUUCUCCAGACCAUUUCAAAAAUACAGUACUCUACUGACAUCACCAGGGGAUACAAAACUACAAAUGGUUUCACCGAAUAAUCGUUUCAUGAUUGCUUUGAAGUUUAAAUCUUAUUGACAGAAAAUUCUCCCAUGACUGGAACCACGUGGAUUUUAGAGGUUCACAUAUGCCAAUAUAUUUACAUGGUAUGGGGCAUAAGGUGAACUUCUGAAAUAUGUCUGCCUUUUAGUACGUUGGCGCAUUCUCACUUCUGAAACAUGGAAAUAAGACCUUAAUUACCAAAGAAAGACCAAAAAUGUCAAGUCUAUUAUGAAAAGAGUGAGCUUCCCAUACUCAUUGGGUUCAGUGAUAGCUGAUGUUUUUAUAAUCAGGUGAAGAUACCAUGGAGUAGAAGAUUUUUUUUAAUUUUGGUGGACCAUCAACAUCUGACAGUAGGAGUCCAGAUAAUCUGGAAAAUGAAGGAAUUAGCACUUAAAAAUACAGAGUCGAGAAGCAGAUUGUCUGGUCCUGUUGCUCUCUUGCCUCUUAUUUAGCUAUUGAAUGUAUAGCCAGUAUUUGUAGACAAGUCUAUGCUGGACUACGAGAAGAAUCAGUGUGAAGUCUGUAGAUAAGCUUUCUCUUUGUCAUUUACAAACCUUUUUCUUUGAACUGCUCAUAUAGGCUUCUAUUUGGGCUGCAGUGCUUUUUUAUUUUUUGUAGCAAGAACUGACUGUUUUUAUAUAUUUUUUUAUUUUAUUUUUAUAUGUAAAAUGAGGAAACGGAAUGAGGAAAUAAAAGUGGUUGUCAAAGUUUAUGUCUUUUAAAGGGAACCUGUCAUCAAAUUUAUGCUGACCGUACCG